AUGUCCAUCAGCGAGCAAGCUUGCAGUUACGCUGCUAUUAUUCUCUACGAUGAUAACAUCUCCAUCACUGCAGAGAAGAUUGCAACAGUGGUGAAAGCAGCCAAUGUGCAAAUUGAAUCUUACUGGCCAGGUUUAUUUGCUAAGCUUGCUGAGAAGCGCAACAUUGAGGAUCUCAUCAUGAAUGUUGGCUCUGGUGGCGGUGGUGCCGUUGCUGUUGCUGCCCCAGCUGAUGGUGCUGCAGCAGCUGCUGCUCCUGCCGCUGAGGAGAAGAAGAAGGAAGAGGUUAAGGAGGAGAGUGAGGAUGAAGACAUGGGAUUCAGCUUGUUCGAUUAG